GAUUAUGACAUGAAAGCAAGAUGGCGAGUUCAUCUCCGUUUAUUAGUUUGUUCCGUGUUACUUCUACAUACAUUAGAUGAGUUUUUUCUAUUACGGUUUUUAUCAAAUUAUUGAACUGUAAAAAUAGCAAAAAUAUAAAUUUUGUUAGUGUUAUAAUUUUUUAAAUAUGACAAAGAUUUUUAAUUAACUCAGAUGUGCAUCUAUCCCACCUGAGGAAUGUUGGUUUUUUUCAGUGAUUUGUGGUAUGGUCAGGUGUUUUAAUUUUAUAAUUAAAAUUUGGUCUUUGCGCAGUGAGUGAUGUUACUGAGUUCAAAUGUAUUUGUGUCGAGGGGAUAUUAAAUGUUUAGACUUUUUUCAAUGUUGGAAAACAAAAGCUUGAACUAUUUGUUUUGAUAGACAGUGAUAAAGUGAAGCAGAAGGUCCGGAUUGAAGCUGAGGUCCGGCCGGAGUGAUGGCCUUCAGUGAGAAGGUCGACCCUGAGCUGAUCUUCACGAAACAAGAGAAGAUCGGCAAGGGUUCCUUCGGAGAGGUGUUCAAAGGCGUUGACAAUAGGACACAGCAAGUAGUCGCUAUUAAGAUAAUCGACCUCGAAGAAGCAGAAGAUGAGAUCGAGGAUAUACAGCAGGAGAUCAUGGUGCUGUCACAAUGCGACAGUCCAUACGUCACAAAAUAUUAUGGAUCAUACUUAAAGGGAACAAAGCUAUGGAUAAUAAUGGAAUAUCUGGGCGGUGGGUCGGCGCUGGACCUGAUGAAGGCGGGUAGUUUCGAGGAGAUGCACAUCGCGGUGAUCCUGCGCGAGGUACUGCGCGGCCUCGACUACCUGCACUCGGAGCGCAAGCUGCACCGCGACAUCAAAGCCGCCAAUGUUCUGCUCAGCGAGAUGGGCGACGUUAAACUCGCUGACUUCGGUGUGGCGGGUCAGCUUACGAACACGACGAGCAAGCGGAACACGUUCGUUGGCACGCCGUUCUGGAUGGCGCCCGAGGUGAUCAAGCAGUCGUGCUACGACAGCAAAGCGGAUAUCUGGUCGCUGGGCAUCACCGCUAUCGAGCUCGCUAAGGGGGAGCCCCCGAACUCAGAGCUGCACCCAAUGAGAGUUCUCUUCCUCAUACCCAAGAACAACCCCCCACAACUCACAGGCUCCUACUCGAAGCCCUUCAAAGAGUUUGUUGAAGCAUGUUUGAACAAGGACCCCGAAAAUAGACCGACUGCGAAGGAAUUACUAAAGUUCCAGUUCAUCCGGAAGGCGAAGAAGAACUCUUACCUUAUGGACCUGAUAGAUAGGUACAAGAAGUGGAAGGCGCAGCGCAGCGAGGAGAGCGAGACGGAGUCGGAGAAUUCGGACUCUGAGGAGUGCAGUAGAGGCGACAGCGAGGCGGACGAGCCGUGGAUAAUGACGGUGCGGGGCGGUAUUACAGUUCUGCCGUCGCCUACGUCGCCUUCAGUGAAGCAGAAUGGUUCUCUGAGUGCACGCGAGAGGGAACGGGAGGACGCGACGCCGGCAGACCUCGCGCACCACACUACACUCAAUAAUAAUACCCCUGACAAUAAUACGAGCCGACAAUCACCGAUAGUGCAGACGUCCAUAGAACAAAGAAAUACAAAAGAUAGAGAAAGAGACAGGGGAGAUAGAGAAGACAGGAAAGAGAGGCAAGAACACACGACGUCCAAUCGCGAUGGAAUAGUUAAUAACAAGGCCGCAUCCCCUCUCGACCACAGAGGGGUGAGCAGCGAGGAGAGCAAGGUGCGGCGACACGCCUACCUGCAGCAGCUUAUAUACCCGCUGCUUAACGAGCUGAGCCGCAAGCACGGCGCGGGCAGCGCGGGCGCGGUGGAGGAGGUGCGGCGCGCCUUCGAGCUGGCGGAGCGCAGCGCGCCGCACCUCACGCGCGCUUUCGUGCAACAGGUGGUGCAGCGGGUGGCGACGCAGUCGCACCAGCCCGCCACGCCCACACACAACACUUCGCAGCACUGGAUGACGUAGGGACACAUAAUAUCCGGCAGCAACUUGUAGCCGCCCCCCGGCCCCGGCUCCUGCCCCGGCUCCGGCCCCGGCCCCUGCCCCCGCCCCGCUCGGACUGACAUACUAAUACUACAAACUAGGCUUAGAGGAAACCUUAGCAUAGCAACACCAACUAUAUAUAAUAUCUUACAUGGCUUUAAAUUAGAUAUAAACGAACGCCCGAUCUGAUGUUUCGUUAACAUCGAGUGUGGUUAUAACAACUGUUAACUAAACCUUACGACACACCAACAUUUUAUAACAUCUCUAUGUAUUUUUAUCGAAAAUUACAAAUAAAUUCUUGCACUGUCCAAUGUUUGACCACUUUUUUAUAAAAUCAAAUACUUAUAAAACAUUUUUUCUUAUCUUGUCAGUUUCCACUGCUAAAACGUUUCCGCGUAAUAUUGCCGUCCUUUUAGUUUUCUAUGAAAAAAAGAGAUAGCAAUAUUUGAAGUGUUGUGCAGUGGAAAUGUAACUCUCUUUGCGUUCGUUUAAAAUUGACUAAAUGCUAUAUUUUUAUAAAUGUGUCAGUGAUGUUACCGUGACUUAACUGGACGUGGACAAAAACAUUGCUAUCUCUUUCUCUUUGUUGUGAGAUAUGUUUCUGUACAUGUGUAAGAACAGUGUGAACUCACGCGAGGGCGCGGCCGAGUCUCCUGCAAUGCCAUAGUGUAAUGUAACAAUACUUAAGAUGGUUAUGUCUUUUAAUAUUUUAUAUUUUGUGCAUUAUUUAUGUAAAUAUCAAUUUUUUUUGUGUAUUGAAAUGUCGACAAUUGGUACAUGUAUUAUUCAAUAAUAUUUACCGAAUUUUCUACUACACGUGCACGAUAACAUGACACUUGUGUAGUAUGACGUCAUCGCGUUUACACCUGUCAUUAAUGCACUUGUAAUACGUUAUGUUAGAAAAUAUAUACAGUAAUAAGGUUUAGGUUGUUUUAACGUUAAUAAAUUAAAAUAAUAAUGAAUAUAAUUGAAUAAUACAUGAACCAAUAUAAUAAACCCUGACCAUAGACUUAGUCUCUGCGUCACUUCUAACGUAAUUUGUCUUCUUUAGUUUUAUUGCGAGUUUAAGGACGUAUUCCGAAUAUUUGUGUGAACAAUUUCGUAACGUUAACGAUAUUUGUAUUAAAUUUUGUCGAUGACGUUACGAAUAUGUUCUCGCAACUGUUUUCGUGAUAGACCCUCUGUUUUUAGUUCUCACCGUUACUACUUUAACACGUAUAAAUAGUGUCGUCUCUUUCACUCCUUGGAAAGACAGUCAUUGGCUGUUUUCCGAUGACUCCUACGUGAAUUAUCAUAAGUUUGAAAUUUGCAAAACAAAACUUUGAAACAUUUGUACAAUUAAUAGUGAUCAAUUAUCUUGUCAAUAACCAAAAUCUACUGUUUUUCUUCCUAAAAUUACUUUGAACUUGACGCAAAAAUAGUGCCAAUCAAGUUAAUUUAAAAAAAAACAAAGUUGUAAAUCUCAAAAUUGUGACUUAUGAUAGUCUACGUAGGAGCCAUCGAAUUGUCAAUUUUGUAAAGGUGUUUGAUCUAUUUUGUUAUUUACAUAUUUGUGAAUAUUUUGCCAUAAUUAUCUAAAAUUGUCUUUAAAUGUCACAAUAGAUUUUUACAUUAACCAAUAACGGUUGGAAAUAAUGUUUUUUCAAUCAACAUUUCAUCAAACAAGAUUGUUUAUCUUAAAGUUUUUGUUCGUUGAGUGUUUUUUCUUAUUGUUGUAUUUCACUAAACUGUUUUUCAUCAAAAAUCUGACCAGAAAUAUAACAAAACUGUAAUUGCGUAAAAAUUUGGUAUUUCUUUACACAUAUUAAAUUGAUUUAAUAAGCAAUUGAAGCCUUUUUUGUAUUCUCGGUUAGAUUAUACCAAAAUUGUAAUUUUUAUUAGAAAUGUAUGAAACAUCGUAGAGUUUCUUUAGUGUCAUUCCACGGAAAAGACAAUAUUGUCGGCAUUUAUAGAAUAUUUGUUUUGUUGAAUUUGAAAUAACAUGUUUCGAUACAUUACUGUGGAUCAUCAGAGUUGUUAUAAAUUUUUUUUUCAUAGUUUAGUUUUGAAAGUUUUUUUUAGUGUAUUUCGGUAUGAACCCGUGAGUUGAAAGGUUGGCGGGCGAAUGUUAUGUCCAUAUAAAUAAAAAAUGCUUAAUAUGCGACAAUAUUUAGCAAUUUGGUAUAUAUAGAGUAUUUAUAAAGACUACAAAACAAUUAUUAUUGCUGUGUAAAAAUGUAAACGUAUAUAAAUGUAAAUUGUGUAGUAUAAAGGAAGCUGUUUAAAGUGUUCUUACGUACGUCGGCGACACCACGCUGCGUGGAAACUGACAUAGAAACAUUUUUUUUUUACUUAAAUUGAAUUUAUCUUAAAUACACCGAAAAGCAAUAACGAUUUUUGAAAUACAAAAACUAGAUGUCAUAAAUUAAUUAAAUUUUGCUAAAAAAAUCACUAUAUCUACUUUUUUUCUCUUUUUUUUUAAAUUUUAUUGUAUGUUUUAAGAUUAUUUCUUAUUUAAACAGUCUUAGAAGAUGUUAUUUGUCUAGUUUCCAGCAGUCUGGUGUGUCGGCGUGCGCCGCGCUCCGGCCGCGGAGCCCAUUUUGUUCAUAACCUAGUUUGUAGUUCUCAGAAUUUCUAUUCUAAUCCUAAGGUAGGCAAGUUCACUAAAUGCCUUUGAUGCAUAGUUUGUAAGUAGAGAUUGCGAUCGAAGCCGGGGCGGGGGAUUUUAACUCUUAAAUGCUAGAUUUUUUUUAUUAUUUUUUCAUUAGUCGAUCUUGAAUUACAUAUUUUUUUCGAAAGAUUUGGAAAAUACGCAUUUAAGGGUUAAAUGAUUUAAAAAAAAAAGAUUUCCCCCGCCCUGACUCCGAGCGCUGUCUCGCUAUGGGUUCCGCUCCCGGUUUGCGUCGCGUUUGCCUUGUAAUCGUUUAGUUCGUUGAUUUCGAUGGAAAAUCAAAAAAAUAUUUUUCCACUUGAUGGGUAUUAUAUUAUGGUAAGAGCGUGUAGUGUUAGAGGUGGCGAUAAUUGUUGAUUAUUGAUUAAAUUAGAUGUUUGUGGCAUUGGUACGUAGCGGAGACACGGAAACUAGUUGUUACCUUCGAAUUUGCGGAAUGUUCGGGAACGUCGUCGGUACUUAUUCGUCAUAUUUCUUCGGAGUUCUAACACCACGUAAGUCAAUUUUCGGCUAUUUUGACGUUUUAAUGCCAUUCGUUAAAGAAUCGGAAGACGUAUUCUAGAUUAAAUGUAACACAGUAUUUUUACUAAUAGUGUCUUAAUAAAUUAUGCAAUUUUUUCUCUCUCCUGAAAAGUUCCUUAUUUUGACAAACAUUGUGGUAGAACCUUAACGACUAUGUACGUUAUAUUGUAAUAUUUAUAACCAAGUUACAACAGACUUUGCGAACCAUUGCACAGAUAUAAAUAAAUCGCGUGCAAAAGGAGCAAGCAGCGAGCCAUAUGUCGCCAACAGACGGCGCCGGAUAGCGGUGGCAUUACGGAAUCGCCAAAUUUAUUACAGAGCUCGCAGUUUUUUAGAUAUUUCUGUCCAAACAGCAAAUAACAGACACUUCUUCACAAUUAGUGAGCUCAAAGUUGUAUUUAAAAUAAAAAUUAUUACAUGAAGUUUAAAUUCAUUUUCAUAUAAUUCAGUGAAACACUUGACACUGGCCCAUUUCGGCGAGGGAGAGCCAUAAACAAGAAAUAGAAGAGAAUAAUUCAGUCUUUAUGUUUGUCCCAUGAAAUUAUAUAACUGUAAGUAAUUCAAACCUUUUUUAGAUAGUUAAACUAAUUAAGGCUUCUAUUUUAAAGUCUUUAGACAAGAGUUUAUAGUUUAUUCUGACAGUGUGAAAUGAAUUGGCGACCAUCUGUUGAAAUUUAAUUCCUAGAAUGCUUACCGCUAUCUGACGCAAGCGAUACGUGCACUCCUCUGCAAAAUCACGUACACUUUGUAGUAACGCAAUUAUUUUAAAACGAAGUAUUGUCCGUGAAUAACUUACACUCAUGAGUUAAGUACUCGAGGAGUCCCUUAGUGUAGAGUAUUAAAAACACUAAAGGACUGCUUAAGUAAUUACGUCCGAGUAACAGUUAAACUACCCUAAGUAACCGGCGACGUGCACCAUUAGUGCGAUGGUCAAUUAAUGCUACGGCGUCCGUCAUUCUAACACGUUUAUGUAGUAAACAAAUUUGACUCUGAAAUAAAAGAAGUUAUUUAAUUUUGGA